AUGGAGGCCUCCGAGGAUCCUUCGACACGGGAAGCUGCUGCGUCCCAGCUGAGUUACCUGGAUCAAUGGGAGGCAGCUUAUACCGGGGAGAACGUGGAAUUACCAUUACCGCAGCAAAUCGUCGAGUUACGCAUAAUUCGACCUUAUCUCGAAUCUGUAGCCUCGGGGUCCGAGCUAUGGGAUGCAGAUAGAGUUGGUCGUCUGAUCAACGAAUCUCUUCUAGCGGCCAUGCAACCACCCUUCGUUGCUGAGGCCACGGAAUCCGCCGCCAAAGUUGGUGGUACUUCUAACGAAUCUGUGGUCAAAGUAGAGCGUCAACUGGGCUUUGGAGAUCGCAUUGCAAAGAUUUCACAAUCCAAGUUGGCCAAGUACACCAACAACGCUUGGGAAUUUCUUCAAAAUGGUUCACGUGCCAAGAUGACCCAGCCUGACAAGUCAGAGAACAAACUCUGUUGUCAUUCUGAUCACAGCGAGGAAGAUCUGAUCUCGUUCGAGAAUGAUCCUGUGGUUGGACCUGCCGAUAUCAAGCCCAUCAACAUCACUAUCCCACAUGACACAUUCACAGAUGACAAAGUUGAUGUUAAGGAUGAGCCUGUUGAUGCCUGCCUCAUCGUCGAUCAAUGCACUUCGCUCAAAAUCGAAGAUGACCAUGCCGGCGUUGCAUCGACCCACCUACUCGAAGAAGCUGUCAAGUGCUUCACUUGUGGGACUACUCCUUCCGCCGAGGCACUGGUCAUGUGCCCUUGCCAGCAUCAGUACUGCCACGGAUGUCUUUGCCAUAUGGUAAAGUCUUCUAUACGCGGUGAGAUUCCAUUCCCACCCAUGUGUUGCGAAUCUCCCGUCCCCAUUGAUGUGAACACAUCAGUGUUUGACCAAAACACCCUGUGCGACUUCUUUUCCAGGAAGUUUGGCAUCUCCUACAUGAACCCGGAUGCUUCUCCUAGAAAGCGAAAGGCUAUCGGGGCCCCGUAUCAGGACAAGGCGCCAUCUCAAGUUCACGGUGUGACCGUAAGAAUGUCAAGAAACGGAGUCCAAGGGUCUUGCUAUCUCUGCAAGCGCGUCAAUGAAAAGGAUUCUUUUUGCCCUGACUGCUGCUACCGUUGCAACCGAAGCCACGCAUCAUGCAAAUGUGCCUGGUGGGAAGAGCGACAGAGAAGGAUGGAAGCACAAAAGGCGAUUAAUGAUAACACCUUCAAUCCCAACGCCCCGGCGUUGUGUCCGACCGAUGGCAGUGACAAAUGCAGAAAGAUGCCAUUAAAUGGCAUUUUUCGUGGUCGUCGAGACUCUGCUCUUUUUGAACCGACUGGGGUGGUGAUUUAA